AUGUCCUCCAAGUCCAUCGCAAGCAGAGGUGGCUUGGGGAGCCAUGGCUCUUUUAAGGGACCCUCAUGAAAAGGCUGCCAGGCCCUAGGUAAUGGCACAGCAGACACCCAGAGCGUGGGCUCGAUGUUGGACCGAGUAGGGAAUUGGUCAUUUUUUUUCUACCUGCUCCUCCCAUGGAAGGCCUGUGCAGGGAAGGAUGGGGAAGGCAAUCUGGGGCCUCGAGCAUGCCCUGAAGUGAGGGCCAGGGAGCCAGGGUCAGGGGUCUCCUCUGAAGGUAGCCAGACAUCAGAGUCCACCUUGCCUUCCAUGGGCCCAAGGAAAGACUCUGCCAGUGGCUCCGUGGCUGGUGGUAGCACCACUUGUGCAAAAAGGAGGAAACUCAACUUUCGCCUUCAGGAGACUGAGGUGUCGGUGUCCAAGGUCAGCAAGCCCCAGCUGCUGUUUGACUUGGAGCUGCUGGAGGCUGAGCCCACCCACAGGCACCACGUGUGGAACCUGAUCCUACGGGUGAAUGCCCUGGGCCACUGCCACCAAGAUGCGGUGGAACCCGAAGCACAAGCGGCUGGACCUGUGUGCCAUUCUGUGUCAAAAGCGAGCUCCAGCAGGUGCCUCUUGGAGUGGGCUCUGGCCUCAGCUCCGGCUUUCACAAGCCGCAGGCCCUGGUGCUCACACCCAUGGAGCAGGCGGUGCCCGAGAUGUUCUGACGCCGGGCCCUGCUCCCCGACGGAUCCCACCUGUCGCUGCCCACAGCGUGAGUUGCAGGACCUGCUCUCCCGGGUGCUGCCGCUGGUGAGGGGCGGGGACAGUUGUCCAGCUCUCAUGACUUCAGGGGCAGCUUUUCCUCCUGCCCCAGGCAUUGAGGGGCCAGAGAAUGAAGUCCAGCAGGACACCAACAAAACCAGUGCUGCCAGCUCCAGUGCUGUGAAGCAAGUGUCGGAGCUUGGGCACAGGGAUCUCUGGGAACCAAAACCCUGGUCCCUGGGCCAGGCUGGACAAGGGUGCUGUAAGAAAGGCCACCAUCCGCCGGACUGGCUGAAAACCCAACUCUCAGAGGCCAUACACUAUGGCAUGGUGCAGAAGAGGAUUGCAGAAAAAUCCAGAGCACUGUUUCCCAGGAUGCAGCGGGAGAGCAAGCAGGCCUGGCUGAUAGCCAGAAGCACCUUUAAUGGAAGUGACAGCAUGUGGCAGGGCCAGGAGCAGAUGACUAAGGAGGACCUGGAAGCCAUCCAACUGCAAGAGGAGGCCUUCCGACAGAUGGUGGCUAGCGACAUCUGGGAAGAGGAGCCUCAUUUGACAAACUGCCUCCAUCAUAUUGGCCUGAAGGCUACUGUAUGACAAACGCUGUGCUCCGUGUUUGUAGUUCAUCGACAAUGAUGGGCAUGCACUAAUUGAGAGGUUGAAUUAAGCAGCCCCCAACCCCAGCUGACUGUGGCCUUUAUGAGGAGAACUUCACAGUGCACUCUUUACCAGUGGUUCUCUUGCUGUGACGGAAUACCUGACAGAGGCAACUUCGGGAAGGAAGGGUUUAUCUGGCUCAUGAUUCCAGGGCUCAGACCGUCACUGUGAGAAGGUAAGCCUUUCUGGAAACACCCUCGCGGACACAUCAGAGAUGUUUCCAUGGUGAUCAUCAUCUAGUCAGCUUGACAAUGAGGAUGAACAAUCAAUCACACAGGCAUCAACUCUCCACUGAAUGCUGGGUCAGCAACAGCACCACGUCCCGGAGAUCUAUGAGGUACCAGCCACCUUCCAGACUUUACUCACCUGCACCUUCUCCCUACUCUGGAGCCACAGCCAUGCUGGGUAGAGUUCCUCGUCCUAGCUCACCUCUGCCAAGGUCCCUGGGAAAAACUCCAUGAUGGAGAAGAGAACCAUGUUUGUCUGUCCCUUGUUCCCACAUGACACAAGAGAGGCUGCAGGCUUCUUCGGUGCUGAGAGGUGAAUGUGGGCUCUCUGUGGAGGAACCGGCCCAAGCAAAGGCACGGAGAUGCCAUGGACAACAGAGACUUCAGAGGGACACAAGGAGGAAUCCCUGAGGUGAAGGCUGCAAAAUGAAUGUUCUGAAAAUUGGGAUGUACUCCACAAGAUCACUCCCUCCCCAGCUCUCUCCUCUGUUCAAAGCAAGCAAUUUUGCUUCCGGGUGCUUCUCAGUAAUUGCAAUAAUAAAUUGAAUAAUUAAGCUAAAUCCACAGAAGAGAAUUAAAUAUUAAUUUCUAAUAAGCUCUUCGGAGGGUGUUGAUAGUGGAAUGAGAAUGUGCUCACUCUCCUCUUGUGCAGGCUUGGUGUCUUCCCUCACCAGUGGGGAGGAGCAAGACUGAGCCACACCAGGAGGGUGGUGGUCAGGUACACCAGCCUGGAGUCUGGAAGACCUCCAGUCACACCGGAAAUGAUCAAAGUUGACCAGGGCCCCAUCAACAUAAAUGGGUACCUGCCCAUCAGAAUACAUCUCUCUGGUGACUGAGGCUCCCAGGAAGCUGGGUGCCCUGUGCCAUCUGGCAGCAUGUUGGGUGAUGUAUCUGGAGACACUGCGUCAGCCUGUGGAACACUGGGCCCCAGAGAUACUGACAAGCAAGGCCCAAGUACCGUGUGGCAUCUGUGAUCCAAGGAGAUCAUGAGCCCUGAUGGGGCAGCACAGGUAGCUCACAGAUGGUCUGGACUCAUCCCUACACAUGGAGAACUCACAGGCAGACACUUGAGUGUGACCUGAGCACGUGUGAUCCCUGACCCUGGCUAUACACUGAGCCUGAUCCUGGUUACUCAGUCCUGAGCAGCCUCUUGGGCUACGCUAAGAUCUCCUGUCCAGCUGGUGUAUGGCGCAAAAACUGAGAAGAGGCAUUCUGAUGUGGAAGGGAUGAGUGACUGGGCCCUGGUCAGCUAGGAAUGGAGGUGCCAGGUCUUUACUGCCUGCUUGUUUUUGCCACUUGUGCUGGCUUCAGCCUCUCUCAGGCAGGUGGGCAAGAAUGGAGUGAGCACAGUCAUGAAGGAGACAGGGAGAACAGCCCUGUAUGUAACACCAACCCCCCAACACACACAUCCACACACACCUCCCUGAGAACUUAUCUCCUGGGCCCUCAGGCCCAGGAGCUGGGACCAUGCAGCAACUUAGCCCAGUCACCCAAACCUCACCUUUCUGCCUACCCCAGCCGUGCCCUGACCUUUCCUCUGUGCAUCCUGCAAGCGUAGGCCCAUCUGUUCCAGUGCAGAGGUCCUGUCAGCAGCCCUCUAAGUGCCAUAUGGCCAAGGCUAAGCUUGCAGAGGAAGAAGCAGGUCAUGGAGCUUCGGGGGCUGGGGGAUUCGGUGAUGAGGCUAGAAGUUGCUCUUGCCCCAGGACGGUGAGGAGUUCUAGCCAGAAGACAGCCCCGGGACUAGUGAAACUGCAAGCAUUUCCCCACUGGGAGUGGGGAAAGGGCAUGGCUGGGUCUGAAGGGUGUGGAGGAGCUUUCUUUCUCCCCUCAAGCUAUUUGCCAUGGCAGGCAGAGGCUGUGUGGCUCUGCACAUGACCGGGCAGGGGGCAUUUUACCUCAUGUUCCUUGUCAAGACCUGGCACAGCCCCCAGGGAAGGGCUGCUGAGUCAUAUAGAAUUUUCUGGGAGUACAAAUCUACCUUGGAGGUGUGAGCAGAGCACUGGUAACGUACCAUGGAGGCUAUUGAGGCUUAUGAGGAGAAGCUAGUCUGCCUGGGGUAAGAGAGUUGGGGACAGAUGAGGAGCUAGCUCUCACACCAGGCAUCCCUGGUGUGGUAGUUUGAAUAAGAAUGGCCCCAACAGGCUCAUAGAUUUAAAUGCUUAGGGAGUGGCACUAUUAGAAAGGAUUAGGAGGCGUGGCCUUGUUGGAGGAAGUAUGUCACAGUGGGGCUGGGCUUUGAGAUUUGAAAAGCCCAAGCCGGCCUCAUUUGGCUCUCUCUUCCUGUUCUUCGGAUCCAGAUGCAUAACUCUCAGCUCCUUCUCCAGCAUCAUGUCUGCCUGUGUGCCACCAUGCUGAUAGUGAACUAAACCCCUAAAAGUGGAAGCAA